AUGUCGCACGACGUCUCCGAUCAUGCCUCUGCCUUGGAGCACAAGUCUUCCAUGCAAAAGGAUCCAAACCCAGAGAUGAUGGACGCCUCGGCCGGUGAGGCAUUGGAUGUGGUACUUGAUCCACAGAAGGAGCGCAAGUUGCUGGUCAAAUUGGAUGCUGCCUUUGUGCCUAUCAUCAUGCUUACUUACCUGACAUGCUUCUUGGACCGGUCCAGCAUUGGUAAUGUCAAGGUAGCACACAUGCCCGAAGACAUUCAAGCCUCAGACAGCGAGUUUUCAACCGCCGUGUCCAUCUUCUACGUGACCUAUGUUCUGUUUGAGGCCCCAUGGGCAGUGCUCAUGAAGAAACUGACACCGCGGAAUAUCCUAACUGGGCUCUGCAUUGUGUGGUCUCUGACCACUAUCUUCACGGGCUUCAUCCAGUCUGUGGGGUCGUUGUAUGCCACGAGGCUCAUCCUGGGCGCUUGCGAAGCGGGCCUAUUUCCCUGUCUUAAUCUAUACCUGACCAUGGUCUAUCGCCGCGAGGAACAAGCAAAACGUGUUUCCUAUCUGAUGAGCUGUGCCGCGAUCUCAGGUGCCGUGGGAGGUCUCUUAGCCUAUGGUUUACUUCAAAUGGACGGGAUUGGAGGAAAAGAGGGAUGGAGAUGGGUGUACAUCAUCGAAGGCCUGUUCAGCAUCGUCUGUGCCAUUUUGAUCUGGUUUGGCUUGCCCAACAACCCGGCCGAGGCAUAUUUCCUCUCCAGCGAGGAGAAAUGGAUGAUGCGCGUGCGCAACGAGCAGCGCCGCAAGUAUAUGGGCAGUGACAAGUUUAGCUGGACUGAAAUGCGCAUUGCCCUGGGGGACCCGAAACUAUUUCUGAGCGGCGUGAUCCAGUUCUGUCAAGACAUCCUGCUCUACGGCUUCAGCACUUUUUUGCCGACUAUCCUCAAGAGCAUGGGCUAUGACUCGCUGAUGAGCAAUGUGCUGACCGUUCCAGUCUAUAUGUGGGCCGCCAUUGUCUUCGUCGCCGUGGCCUUCUGCGCCGACCGGUACUCGAAAUUUGCGUCGUUUAUCUUUGCAUCCAAUAUUUUUGGAAUUGUUGGCUACGUUUUGCUUCUGGCCGUCGACAAUACCGCGGUCAAGUACUUUGCCACGUUCCUCUGCGGCAUCACGACUUACACAGGGGUGGGUCUGAACGUAGCCUGGUUGAACGUGAACGUGGCUCCUCAAUACCGUCGGGCUUUGGAAAUUGGUCUACAGCAAACCAUGGGCAACUGUGCCGGCAUUGUGGCAGGGCAGGUUUAUCGCCAGACCCCUUAUGUGCUCGGCAAUGCCUUCUCGCUGGGAUCGUUGGUGUUCGCGCAAGGAGUGGUCACCGGCCUUGGAUUUUAUUUGCGGCAUGAGAACAGGGUCAAGGAGCAGAUUACCAGUGGGGAAAAAGAGGACACCCGGCGUGUCCAGUCGGGCGACUAUGCCGUGGACUUUCGAUACCAUUACUGA